AUGCCGAAGACGCAUCUCCCAGCGCACAUGGACUCGGUCCGCCAGAAACUGCGCCCCAAGCAUCAGAUCCUCAUACUGAAGUGUUACCCUCGCCUACCCAAGAAUAGCGCGGCCGACGUCAAGCCCAAUGGCUCGGAACUCAGCUAUCUCCUCUUCUACGCCAGCACGCGCCGUAGCAAGCUCCAGAAGGUCGGCGGCUUCCUGGAGCGCAAGACGGCGAAGGAUGUCUACAGCCAGGCAUCAGCGCGCGUGCUCGUCACACUCCAGAUCCUCACCGCUCUGUUGGAGAACAAGGUGGUUGGCGAGGGAAGCCCACUCGCCCUGACUGCGCCUUACGUCAUGCGCAUUAUCAGCGGCAUACUACUCAACACAAAUGAUAUCAGCCUCAUUGAGGCUAGUCAGAAGACAUGGGAUGUUUUCUGCAAACACCAAGACCAGGCGGUUCUGGCUGCGGAUCACGAGUAUAGAGAGCUCUAUGAAAAGGUCGUGGGGCAAUACGCAGAGUAUGCGCACAAGGCGGGUGCCAAGAAGCUUGGGAAGAGUGUCAGCCCAGUCGCCACCCACGACGCGAUCCGUCUUCGCGAGGCGGGACUACACGCCACCAAGAGCGUCAUCACCUCAGACGCGCUGGCGUUCGAGAGCGGACGCCAUGUACUUACUAUCGCCAUACCCGCUAUACUUAGCAACGUGCGCGGAGUAGAUGGUGCAUACUUGGAGAAUUUGCUGCGCGAAAGCAAGAGGAGUGAGUCAGAGGAGAAGGACAAGGCUAUCAAUCGUAGACAGAGCAUGGCCACUGUUCGCACAUACACAGAAACCUCUUUGGAUACCGAUCCGCGCACCGCCGAAGGCACAGCUCAAGAUGCUGAUGCUAUUGCUGAGGAGGGAGUGGCGGUGCUUGCGCUUGACUGCUUGAAAGCGGUCUUCACUUCUGAGAAUCGCGCACAGACGCGAUCUGCAGCCGUUGCAUUGCUCGAUUAUCUACGCGAUCUCCAAUACUAUCGCCGACCACAGACGUUGGAGAAGAACACAACAGAUUUCAAAAUAGACACAUGGGCGGUCAAAGCUUACGAGCAAUGCGUGGCAUGGACGCCAGUGCAGGACCGCUUCAUACUACUUGUCACGGCUGUGGACACUAUGAUCCACUUGCCGCUUCGAGAGCGCGAUUUGCGCCAACAUCAGUUGCUUGCGAGCCUGAUUGAUGAUACCCUACGGUCCGAUCUUAAUUUGAUCGGCUUGUCGGUUAUGGAUGUGUUGCUUGGCUUGAUCCAGCAGACACUCCGCAUACUACAAUACCAAGAUCCACCGGGUGCAGCUUCCUCUCCAGUCACAUCCAGCAACGACGAGCUCAAGCCGACUACCUCUGGCGCUUCUGCUGUUCCCGUCGGCAUAGCAUCUGAGGCACGCCUACAGCUUAUCCACAGCUUGAAAGCUUGCAUUGCUGACCUCGCCACCCACGUCUACUACACCGACCAAAUCUCGGACAUGAUCUCGGCUAUUCUCAUGCGACUCAAGCCGAGUCCAGCUCCGAUCGGUCAACAGAACCCACUCGUCACUGCUCUAGCCAUCGAGGAGCCAAAGUCAGCUGUGAACGAGGUUGCAUCCAAUGCAAGCAUCCCGCAUCGCGAGCGCUCGAACAGCACCAGUGGCUUCUUCAGCUUUGAUACAGCUCGCCAAGUUGCUCUCGAAGCCGUCCGUGACAUAAUCAAGGUGGCCAACUCGAGCCGUGCCAUGAACAGCAGUAUCGUCGCCGACAGUCGCAACCCUGUCCACAUCUCGAUCUGGGAAGGCACGCAAUGGCUGCUUCGUGAUCCGGCACCCGCUGUACGCAUGGCAUACAAUGACGCCCUCAUCACCUGGCUGGAGCAUGAAACUAAGAAGAGCGACUUCCGUCUAGACGUGCCAAAAACAGCACCUAGGAAGCGAGCUCAGGACCCUCACAGCGCAGCCGAAGGCUACAUCGGCAGCACGCUUGCCCGACGAGCUGUCAGCAACGCCUCGGCGACCAAAGACCGUACCCAGACGGUAUUAAACAAGCGCAUAUCAUCAUCACAAACAUUCUUACAACUCCUCCAUCUCGCUAAUUACGAGAACGUGCUGCAAUUCGCCAGCACCUCACCUCAAGAUAUCAUUAUGCAAUCAACAUUAUUAGCCACCCUGGUCAAACGCCUGGGCACAAACGCGGUUGCUAGUGGCCUCCCUAUGAUUUUUGCGUUGCAGGAGGAGAUCGCUAGAGUCGAGUCUCCGGUUGGAAAGGUCCGGAUCGGGACUUUGGUACAUGGAUAUCUUUGGGCAGUGGUUGAGGUAUUCAAUUGCCAGGAGGAAAUGGUGGGGAGGAAUAUUUUGCAGGAAGUGGCCAGGAGGAAGGGUCACGGGAUAUGGGUCAAGGAGGUGGAAUUUCCUCCUUUGUCGAUGGAUACGAUCAGGGAGAGGACCGUCUCCGGCCGCAGCGAGAUGGAGAAGAGUCUCAGAUUGCAUGAGGAGCUUAGGGCUUUUGACGACAGGGAGGAAUUGGUGGACGUGGUGCUCGAGCACUACCAGACUACGGUGGCGAGCCCGACUCCUUCUGCACCAACCAGUCCGGGGAGGAACUUCACGCUGCCCACCUCUUUGGACAGAUCGACAAGUGGCUACCUUGGCGCAAAACAACUGGCAGAUCCGCAGCUCAUCGUGAAAGCACGAACGGCCAUGGUCUCCAAAUGGAGCCGGGAAGAAUGUCUCGCCCAGAUCGCAGCCAUGGCCCCGAAGAGCGUCAGUCUGAGUGGGAGUCGUACCAGUCCUGUACAGGUCGCAGCACUCGCGGCAGCAGCUGGAGCAGGGAAUCAUCGUCAAUUAUUGGCUGCGGUCAAUACGGGUCCUAUGAGGAACGGAAAGGGUACACCGCCUAAGCAACGUCAGCAACAGCAGGCUCUUGGUAACGACAACGAGCGUCUGGCUUCACAAAACCCAGACAGGCGUCCGAGCGGCUCUUCUGCUGGCUUCGGAGCUGGAAAAGUAGGGAGUAGCUCUGCUGCUCGCCCACCGGUCAGAGUAGAGGAGCUCAAGAAGAUUCUUGCUGGUGGUGUCUUCUCCACGCUCGGUGGUGGGCCGGUAUCCCACGGUGGCCGCCAAAAUGGUACGAUGCGCGGUGCCGAUGACGGGGAUACGGCUAGUGAGAGUAUGAUGACAGCUGAUGAUGAUCUCGAGAGCGAGGAUGGCUCUAUGCCGGUUAAGAAGAAGGGGCCUUUGGAUGUGGAUACUUUGUUGGCGACUAUUGAGGUCAAGGAGACGAGGCGAGUGGGGGUUGGAAGGCCGCCGUAUUAG